GCGCUGGCUGGGCGGGCAGGGGACGAGGAUGAGGACCGGGAGACCGGCUCGCUGCGUCCUCUUCCUCGGCUUUGUUCCCGCGGAUUCGGACUCCGUGGGAGCCAGGGUGGGGGCUUCGGGCAAUUUCCGUCCGCGGGUGACGCUGGGUCUCGGUUGGAGCCACUGGGGGCCAGGAGGCAACGCCCUCGGCGCCCCCGCCUGAGGAGGACUGGCCUCCUUCGAAACUCCUGGGACGCGCUUCGCCGGCCCCGGGCCGAGGCUGCUGAGAACCGGCCCUAGACCUCUGCUUGAGGGUCCUUCCUCUGAAGACAUCACCAGUGUGUGGAGCCUGCCCCACACCCACCCCCUGCCAAACCACGGCCUUUACCUGUGUGUUCCGGUGUUUCCCGUGCGAUCCAUCCUGUGGGAGUGCCUCGUGGGCCGGCCCGGAGUUCCCCCCACACUCAGCAGCGCCAAUGGUGAAGAUGACAAGGUCCAAGACUUUCCAGGCAUAUCUGCCCUCCUGCCACCGGACCUAUAGCUGCAUUCACUGCAGAGCUCACUUGGCCAACCACGAUGAACUCAUUUCUAAGUCGUUCCAAGGAAGUCAAGGACGAGCAUACCUCUUUAAUUCAGUAGUUAACGUGGGCUGUGGGCCUGCAGAAGAGCGAGUGUUGCUAACAGGAUUGCAUGCAGUCGCAGACAUUUACUGUGAAAACUGCAAAACCACUCUGGGCUGGAAAUAUGAACACGCUUUUGAAAGCAGCCAGAAGUAUAAAGAAGGCAAAUACAUCAUUGAGCUAGCACACAUGAUCAAGGACAAUGGCUGGGACUGAUCAGAGAGCAUCCACUCAACCCAGUCCACACGAAUGCCAUCCAACCGAACAUUCUACCCAAGCGUGAGAGAGUGACUGAACACGUGGUUCCAUCCAUUUAGAUGCCUUGCCAUUCUGGGGCAUUCCACCCACCCUGAUGCCAUCUUUCUGGUGACCAGCCUCUAAAUCGCUGUCUCUCUGUCUCUUUGCUUUGUAUCUGUUUGUGAGUUGAUCCUGGCUUCUCUCUGUUCUAGUGUUGGCUGAAAACCAAAACAAACAAAAGGAACAGAUGCCUGACCGCAUGGUGGCAGCCUGCCUUGAUAGGAGUCCCAGGGGCCGGGCAAGAGCUGCCUGUUGGCCUCUUGUCAGGAGAGCAGUGGCAGGGGGGUCUGCGGAGGAGGGGAAA